CGAAAUUCUGAAAGUGACAAGUCGGACAUGGUCAAAACACUCCCGGGCCCAUCGCGCCUCUCGCAGACGCUCCUCAGGCUCAAGGCCGCCCCGCGUCUGGAGCUCUUGGGCCUCAAGAGGCUGCGCGUCUCGUUCGGCGCCAAGGAGGCGAAUCCGGGUACGAGACAUUUCUUGAAGGAGGAGCUGCCGCGGAUACGGUUCGCGAAUCCUGCGCUGGAGAUAGAGGUCGACCAGCACAAGGACGCGAGGCCGCAGCCUUCGUUGACUGUUGAGCAAGAAAACGGGAGUACGACUGUGAUCGCCAUGGAGAAGAAGUGGUCGAGCGUCAUCGUGAAGGAGCUUAUGGACUUGGCGGGUGGCGACGCUUGGGCGCAGCACAAGGCAGCGGCCACUGCUGCUGGCCAGCCUAUUCUGCCUGGCGAGGAGGAGCGGCAGAAGGCGCUCGAGACCGUCAAGCUGCAGCGUGCUACUCGAGCCGCACAGCCAAAAGUACCAGAACGUCCUCGGACUGGUGCUGCCGCUAUGCUUCCAUAACCCAUCUGUCUGCAUAUUUUUCACGCUAUCACUACCCUUGCAUAAUUUAGACCUGCUUUGCGCUCAUGAAUAGCCGGCCCACCAAGACCAAGAAUGAAGAUAAUUAUUGCUGGC